AUGGAAUUUGAUAGUGCUUGUUCUUACAGGAACAAAAAGGAAGCAGGAAAUAAACCCUUUGCACCUAGAAGUGCAGUGUUGCAGAAAGGAAAAGCCAAUCCAUUCCAUAUCAAAUCGCAAAAAGAAAAUACAGCUAAUGUCAAAAAUGAUGGAAAACAAGAUCAGAAUUGUGCCAAAGAAACAGAGGCCAUAUUUGACAAGAUGCUGCAAGGGAAGAUUGAUAAUCUUCCUCAUCUUCCAAGAUCAGUUGUCAGAAUAUUUAUCAGCUCAACAUUUUCAGACAUGAGGGCAGAGAGGAACAUCUUGUCCCAUGAGGUUUUUCCAAAGCUAAAACAGCUAUGUUUGUCCAAGGACCUAGAUUUUCAGGUGGUGGAUAUGAGGUGGGGUGUUACAGAAGAUUCCCAGAAUGACCACAGUGUGGAGAAAAUCUGUCUUCAAGAAGUAGAGAACUGUCAGAAGUUGUCACUAGGACCCAACUUUGUGGCCAUCAUGGGUGACAGAUAUGGCUUCCGCCCAAUUCCCACGGAAAUCAGUGAGGAGAUUUUUCAGACUCUGAGAGAAUCGGCUGAGAGGAUUGCUAAAAAACCCCAUGCUGUCAAACUUCUUGAGACAUGGUACAAACUAGAUGAGAAUUGCUUGCCUCCAAUGUAUAUACUUCAGCCAAUCAGAUCUCAGUUUUCAUUCUUUGGGGACUACUCACCAGGAUGUGAUGAACCUCGAGCUAAACAUACUCAGGAGUGGGAGAAAACAUUUGCAGAUUUGAGGGACAUUCUGAAAGUUGCUGCUUUGUUUUCACAUCAAGCAAAAAAACUAACAGAUAAUCAACUGCAUGAAUUCUACAUGUCAGUGACAGAGAUAGAGAUUGAAAAGGGAAUUUUAGAGGCAAAAUCUCCAGGCCAGAGUGCUGUUGUAUUCCAUCGAGAAAUCCAAGGUUUUACAAACUAUGAAGACAGAAUGACAAAACGACACAUUGACACCACUGUUGAGAAUGAAAAGGCUGUUCCUGAUAAAGAAGUCAAGUAUCUUCAAGGAAAAUUGGAGGAAAAAGUGAGGCAAAAAAUUGAGCCAAAUUAUUUCCAUGAAUACACUGUAAAGUGGUUGCCAAAUGGCAUUGACCCCAAAGCAUCGGAAGACCACAAAAAAUACCUUGACAAUUUCUGUGAGGACUUCUACAAUGAUUUAAAAAGCCAGAUAGAAGCUGCUGAUGAUGAGCGAGAUUCUCGGGCAAAAGUUUUUCAUAAAAUUGGCUAUUACAGUGAUUACAACGAGGUACUCCAUCACUUGCAUUUCUGUGACAUGAAAUGCCAGACAUUCUGUGGACAGGAGAACAUUAUGGACAGGGUUAAAAAGUACAUUUUGGAUGGUACAGUGAGAAAGCCUUUUGUCAUCUAUGCUCCCUCUGGAAAUGGAAAGACAUCUGUAAUGGCUAUGAUCAUGCAGAGCCUGCCUGAGUGGUUCAAGAAUAAACCACACAUUAGAAUUAUCCGCUUCUUGGGCACUUCUGCUCUGACUCUGAAUAUUUAUGAUGUGCUGUUUAGUGUGUGUGGACAACUUGCUGAUGUUGCACAGCAGAUCAUGGAACCUGUAGGAUACAAAAGUAUGAAGAAUAUCCAAGAAUACAUGCCCAGGUUUUGGCGAAGGAUAGGAAAUUCUGUAAAGAAGCCAAUUGUUAUUCUUUUGGAUUCUCUUGAUCAGCUUUCGCCUACACACCAUGCUUAUGAACUACAAUGGUUGCCAACUACACUGCCACAGAAUAUCAAACUUGUGGUGUCCACCCUUCCCAAGGAACAUGGGAUACUUGAUAACUUGAGAGCUUUGCUACCAGAUGAGAAAUGUUAUGUGGAAAUUCCCAAGCUUCCCCGAGAAACUGGUGUUGCAAUUAUAAACAAAUUUCUGUCAAAGCACAAGAAAAAAAUAACAGAGAGACAAGAAAAGGUUUUGAUAAACAGCUUUUCAAAAUGUCCUGGACCUUUGUUCCUUAAACUCAUUCUAGAUGAGGCACUGAAAUGGAGAUCUUAUACUCUGCCUCAUUUGGUAGAACUAGAGCAGACAGUUCAAGGAGCCAUUAAUAAACUCUUUGACAAUCUUGAGAUUAAAUUUGGCAAGAUCAUUACCAGUCAUGCGCUAGGUUACAUCACCAUAGCAAGAGACGGUAUCUCUGAAAAUGAGCUGGAGGAUGUUUUGUCAUGUGAUGAUGAAGCUUUAGAUGAUGUUUAUCGUUACCACAACCCACCAGUAGAGGGCAUUGUUAGAAUACCGCCUGUUCUGGCUGCUAGGAUAAGAUAUGACAUAAAGGACUACAUUGUGGAGAGAAUGUCUUCUGACAAGUAUACCAUGAACUGGUACCACAGGCAAUUUAUUGAAACAGCUAAAAGCAGGUAUGCUACAGGAUCACUUGGGGAAAAGCUGCAUCGGAAUUUGGUAGAGAUUUUUAUGUAUGAAGAUGGAGUAAAAAGGGACAUAACUCUUUCAAGAAGAAAACUGACAGUCACAAAUGCAGACAGACAGAUUACCCCACAACCAGUUACCUGUAAAAACAAACGAAUGUUGCGAUGCCUUCCUUACCACAUUAUCCAUGCUGGAAAGGCUCUGCCUGAACAAUUAGCAAAAGAAAAUUGUUUUUGUAAUUUCAAAUUCCUUGGUAGUAAAUUAUCUGCUGGCAGUGUGGAAACAAUCGUGGAUGAGUUGUAUGAAUACCUGGAAAACCAAGAAGAUGAAGAAAUCAAGAAACUCAGAAAUUUUUUGUCCUUGACCAAGGCUGACUUAUCAAAGCCCAGCAGACUUGCAGCCAAUUUGCUGUCCUACAUUAAUGCUGAUGUAGAUGAGCCCUAUCUUAAGAAGUUAAAAGAACAAGCAACCAGUUACUUAGAAAAUCUUGACAGCCCUGGACUGAUACCAGUUUAUCCUGGACUGGCACCUAGGAAAGAUCUCUCUUCAUCUCUUAUUCAUUCUUACAAUGGAAUAGCUGAAAUAAUAAGCCACAGUGGAGAUUCCGUUUUAGUCAAGACUUACAGGAAAGGAAAUGAAGAGGAACAAGAUUUUCCACAUGAAAUGUUCCACAUUGGCACCCAAGACCUCCAGCAAGUAAAUAUUCCAGACAUCAAACAGACAAAGCAUUAUCCAAUCCUAGACAAAGCAGGGGAAAAUGUCAUCUAUACCUCAGAUGAUUCCAUCACUCUGUUUCACCUUGUUAGUGGGAACCGUGUCACCAAACUCUUCAGAGAUAUUACUGAUGAUCCAUCUAAAAACCAAAUGGUUUCCAAGGUGAUGAGCACAGACACUCGUCAUGUAGCUAUUUUGUUAGAUGACGGAGACGUUUUAUUACUGGACAGUGACAGUCUGAUGCAGGUUGAUAGGUGGACUCUAAAAGAUGAAGUGGAGGAUGUUAUGGGAAUUCUGUGUACAAAAAGUGACAAUCUACAGCUGCUAGUGGCUGUUAAUUCAGAGUCUGCUGGUUCCAAAAAAAGUGAGCUCCAGCUGUACAAACCUGGAGAAAAUGAACCAAAACAUUAUCUUUUUAAUUAUCCAUUGUGUAAUGGUCUUCUAGGGUUGUCAUACAAGGAGUCUUACUUUACUGCUGUUGCAAAAGAUGGAAUCUCAUCAAAAAUUUUGACUGUUGACAUAAACCAGGCAGAAGAAAUGGCUCCAAUUGCUAUUGAAGAUUGCAUAGAAAAGAUAGCAUUUUCAAAAUCUAAAGCAUUUGCCUGUGUCUUGAACAGCACAGGUAAAGUGACUGCCCUGGAUUUACAGAAGAGUGAGGUCUUAUUCCACAUGGUGACUGACAAACCAGUCACAUACUUCGGAAUUAGAGGCACAUACUCCAUUGUGCUUCUUGGUGAUAAUGAAGGACAUGUUACACUAUACAGUUCCAAAACAGGAAUCAGCUAUGGUAGUUUUCAAGCAUAUGGAGGGGCUGUGGAGAAAAUGUAUGUUUUGGAUGAUUACUUAGUUACUCAAGGUCAAAAUGAGAUG